UGCUUGGCGAGGCUGGGAGUCAGGCUUGAAGCGCCGGAGAGCGGAUUAACUGGAAAUUGGCCAGAGUGGGCGCGGUGCCUUGCGUCCCUCUCCCCGAGCGGUAAAAGUCACCGCAAGUGCCCGCGCGAGCCACCGGCUGGGACAGCUUCGCUGCCGCCGCACCCCUACUCGGACUCACCGUACGUGCCCCGGAAGGGACGCGCAAGGAAAGGGUGCGCGGUGGGCGGGAAGGAGCGAAGUGGGUGGAGCGAAGUGGGUGGAGCGGGUGGGCUUUGCCCGAGUGAAACUUCUUUGCUCUCUGUAGCUGCUAAGCUCUGGCUUUUCAAUCCGUCGCCUCUGAAACGGAGUUGAGUUCCUGUACCCUGGUAGAUUCCAGACCAAAAUUGAAAAAAUGGUUGACCUCACUGAGCUAAUGGAAAAUGAAGUAUUCAUGGCCUAUGCUUCCUAUACAACGAUUAUUCUUUCAAAAAUGAUGUUUAUGAGUACUGCAACUGCAUUCUAUAGAUUGACAAGAAAGGUUUUUGCCAACCCAGAAGACUGUGCUGGCUUUGGCAAGGGAGAAAAUGCCAAGAAGUAUCUUCGGACAGAUGACAGAGUGGAACGUGUACGGAGAGCUCACCUGAAUGACCUUGAAAAUAUUGUGCCAUUUCUUGGUAUUGGCCUUCUGUAUUCCUUGAGUGGUCCAGAUCUCUCUACGGCCCUCCUGCACUUCAGACUCUUUGUUGGAGCACGGAUCUACCACACGAUCGCGUAUUUGACACCCCUUCCCCAGCCAAAUCGGGCGUUGGCUUUCUUUGUUGGAUAUGGAGUUACUUUUUCAAUGGCUUACAGGUUGCUGAAAAGCCAGUUGUACUUGUAAAGAGAAUCAUACAACUCAUCCAAUUAUUUUCUAAGAAUUCUGUACCUCCAAUUUAUAAUGAAUGCUUUUUUAGAUUCUAAGUGGGAGGAGAGCAGAGAAAUUAAGAUGGGGCAAACAGUCUGAAUGUUAACAUCACCAAUAUCAUUUAUUCUUGUUCUAUAUUUGUACUCAAAAUUUCACAUAAUUCUUAAAUCUUUUGACUUCUUCUUUAAGUGCCUUGUUGUAAAUUCCGAUUAUAAUUUGUAACAUUCAUUCAACAUUUAAUAUUUGAAAUCUACAAAAAGGGUGAAUGCAUGUGUGAUAAACCUAUAUUGCAAUAUUGCUGAAUCAAACACAUGAAAUAAAGAAUUUAAAGAAUA